AUUGUAUAUCGGUACGCAGCCGAUGGUCCAAUGAAAGAAUUUCUUUUCCAAAAAUGAAAUUCUCUCAUCAUUGGACCGUCGGCUGCAUUGCGACAAACGACGUAUUGUAGAACCGGCUUAAGCUUCCCAUUAAACUUGACAAUCAACCCUUAAACUUGAAGAAUUAAAAAGUAAAUUGUUAUAUAUAAGUAUUGUUAAAUAUGACCUUUAUGUUACGAAUGUAUGUAUUUAACCAAAAAAAGCUUUUUUUAAAAGAUUUUAAUCAUUUAAAAUUUGGUCUGACUUGUAUCACACAUAACGAUUACAAUUUUAAGAAAUAUUCUUCACCACAUGAUGUAAAGUUCUUUCAUAAUAUAAAUUCAGUCCUCCAAGGGUAUCAGAAAAAUAUAGAUAAAACUGAAAUUUAUUAUGGACCUUUAGCAAGACAAAUUAAAGCUCUCAAGCUUUUUUCAUUAUUAACCUCAUGUGGAGGCUUGAUGAUUCAGCCGAUUCUUUACACAAAGGCUGUGGAGAAUGAUAACAUAGGAGUUGUUUUAGGAAUAUUUGCAUGCAUUGGAUUUUUUGCUAUAACCACUCCCUUAUUAAUACAUAUGAUAACGAAAAAAUAUGUGACGCAUCUAUAUUAUGAUGCAAAAGAAGAUAAAUACAUUGCAAACACUUAUAGCUUGUUUGCUCGAACAAAACAGCUCACAUUUACACCGCAGGAUGUAGUAGUGCCAGAUGUCACUGGAAUGUUUACAAAUUGUGUUAUAAAGAAUACCCCAUUAUUUUUAGAACAAAGCUUUUUCCAUGACUCUAGUCAUUAUAUUCGUAUAAUGGGAUAUGAUAAACCAAUAGAUUUUAAAUUAAAUAAUCAAACAGUCACAAUGGACUGUAAAGAUGAUAAAAAUAAAAAAUAAUUCCAAAAUAA